GGCUAUACUAUUAUAUGUAUCAUCCACGCACAGAGGGAGAGAGAGAUAUGUACACCUGCUUUGGCAAUUAAACACUACACGGAUAGAAAACUCUAUCGAACUCACUAACUAGAACUCACUAAGUCAUCAGCAGCGCAGGUGCGAACCCAUCCGUUAUCCGUGACCAUGGUGAGUGUAAGCAUAUCCCGGAAUAUACAACAAGGGGUGGACCCUGCUUCAACGUAUAUUCUGGAGGAACAGAUAGGCGAUGGGAGUUUCGGAGAGGUGUUCAAAGGGAAGCUGAAGAAGACUGGAGAAACUGUAGCGGUCAAAAUUGUAGCUAUACAGGAUGAUGAGGAACUGAUGGAGUUUCAGGUAGAGAUCGACAUUCUGUUCAAAUGCAAUGAUCCGAAUAUCAUCAAAAUUCAUGCAGCAUACCUAUGGAAGCGGACUCUUUACAUGGUGCUCGAAUACUGUGGGGGGGGUAGCUUGGACGAUAUCUACGAACAACUGGAGUCUCCGCUUGACGAGCCUCAGAUCAAAGAAGUGUGCUACUACACGCUGCAGGCUCUGGUGUUUAUGCACGCCAACCAUAUGGUGCAUCGCGAUAUCAAGGCGGGCAAUGUGCUGCUGACGAAUGCGGGCGAGGUCAAAAUUGCCGAUUUCGGAGUAUCGGCUCUGAAUUCGGGACCAAAUAUGAGGAGGGACACGUUUAUUGGCACACCUUACUGGAUGGCGCCUGAGGUGAUCGCAUGUGAGACCUCCAAGGAAAAUCCCUAUGAUGAGCUUUGUGACAUCUGGUCUGUUGGUAUCACGGCUAUUGAGUUUGCACAAAUGAAUCCUCCAUACCAUGACCUGCACCCGAUGCGCGUGCUGUUCCGUAUACCGAAGUCCGUGCCCCCAAAACUAUCCGACCCGGAUGCUUGGUCGCCUGAGUUCAAUGACUUCAUUCAUCAAUGCCUGAUCAAAGACCCGGCUCAGCGCGCGUCGGCCAAGAAGAUGCUGCAACACCCCUUCUUCACCGCCAACGGGUACAAGCCCACGCACUCGGAAAUGCUCAGACUGCUGGCUGAGCGUUCGAGUAUCGAAGAGUCUAUGGAAUCCGUUUCUAUAGGCGAGGAUGCGAGUGGGGACGAUGUUAGUAUGGAUGAAAUGACUGACAAUGUCAGUCGCAUGUCUGUGGUCGAGCACUCAGAUGCCGCCGAUGGACCGAAACCGUUCUUAGCCCCGAAACCGCAAACGGAGGAGCGCAAGGUCAAUGUCGUCAAGACACGAACGAUCCGCAACACAGACGGCACCUUCAAGCGAGUGACCACCAAGAAGAAGCUCACUGAAGUGGAGAACACGCGACAGGUGCGAAAGGCGAAGGAGAACCAGAUCCAGGCAGUCCGAAAACAGGCGCGUUUGGAACGGGUGGAGUCCAAGACCAGAGAAGCGUCGAAUAUCAGGACACUGGAGAUUGCCAUGCGCGAGCAGGCGUCCCAAUUGGCUAUUGUACGGCGGCGGCAUCAGGACAAUGUGGAUAGCAUUCAAAGGACUAUGAACCGUGAGCUGGACAAGCACAAAAGCAGCAUGCCCGACCUACUCAAACAGAAGGAGCGGAUGCUCAGGAAGAAACGCGAUAAGGAUUUAGCCGAGCAGACCUCGCUCAUAGACACGCAAACAAAGUACGGCUUGAAAGAACUCAAAGCACAGCUCAAGAAGAACGACUACUCAAAGGCGGAUGUCAAGACCAAAUUAGAGGUGUACGAGAAGACGCACAGCCAGGAGAAGAACGACCGGCUGAAGGAGUGGCGACGUGCGCAGAGGGCUCAGCACAACAAGAGUGAUGCAGAUGCGUCCGCAUUUGCUUAUUGUGAGAGGUAUGCUUGGGUAUUGGAUUUGUUUAGGGCUGUGUGUGAAGUAGAUACCUUCGGCUGUGCGGUUGCGUAUUCCUACGGGUGCCCCUGUGACAGGGGCUCGUCAGUGUCGAGAGACGCCAAGCACACUGUCUGCUACGCUAUACAGCCCUAG